GUUUUUUUUUUCGCAAAUUGGACCCAAAUAUAUAGCCUUCCCCGGACGGACCCCAGAAGCGAAGCAAAGGCUCUUUGUUUCUGCCCCCAAAAAUCGUUCCGUAAAUCAACCCAACCCGAUUCCUAAUCUGAUUUCGAUAUGAUCCGGUUCAUCCUGCUGCAGAACCGGCAGGGGAAGACGCGCCUGGCCAAAUACUAUGUGCCGCUCGAGGAUUCCGAGAAGCACAAGGUCGAGGGCGAGGUGCACCGGCUGGUGGUCAACCGGGACCCCAAGUUCACCAACUUUGUCGAGUUUCGCACCCACAAAGUUAUCUACAGGAGAUAUGCUGGACUAUUUUUUGCAAUUUGUGUGGAUAUCACUGACAAUGAGUUGGCAUACUUGGAAUGCAUCCACUUGUUUGUUGAAAUAUUGGACCAUUUCUUCAGCAAUGUAUGUGAGCUUGAUUUAGUAUUUAAUUUUCACAAGGUUUACCUGAUAUUAGAUGAGUUUAUUCUUGCUGGGGAGCUGCAGGAGACAAGCAAAAAGGCAAUCAUAGAAAGGAUGGGCGAACUGGAGAAGCUGGACUAAAGAUAAAUUCUCUGCAGAGAGAGCCAUUCCGUCCUCCUGUUUGAGGAUUUCUACAAUCGUAGCUCAUGUGCAUAAAUAUCUAAAAUUUGUCCGACAUGCCUGACAAGAAUGUUGUACUGUUGGUCCAUUGUCGUUAGUAUUAAUUUGCUGCUCUUAUGAUCAUGGUCUCAUUGCUUCUUGGCCAACAAACUGCUUGUAGAAUUGAUGUGUGGUCUACAUGAGGAUAUAUCCUAAGUUGUAAGGCUAGAGUCAUGUCAUGCAAAAGAAAAGAAUGGUAUCCAUUAUUCGACAUUGCCAUCUGGAACUAGGGUGCGUUUUUUUAUUGGAAGGCCGAGAGAUGAGCUCAUUGCCUGUUUGA